AUGGGUCGACGGAAGCAAGCAAAACCUACCAAGAGGACUCCAGAUGAGUUCGAAAUUGCCGAGAUGGAGCCGUCUGCGAAGAUCGCCAGGGAGACUUUGGCUACACCAUCCGCAACCACUACGACAACCCCUCCAGCUCAAGAUGAUGGGGAGUUAUCCCCAUCGUGUUCCAAAGAUCCAGCGCCAACCGAUCUGUCGUGGACUGCUGAAUCAUCCGUUAAGAAGCCACCCACGAACCCUCUGUUGAUGCUGGAGAAAUCACUGAAGCGUUUCGAGCCGCGAAAGUCUCAACCAGGUGAGACCUUUUGCCUUUUCCUAGUCUCAGAACAGCCAAAUUAG